CCCAAGUGAUGUCCCUGUUUGUGCCCCUUCACAGGUGAUGGACUGUCAGCUACCAUACCCACAACGCACCCUCCGACCCUUCCCUCCACACUCGCAUCAGCAGGGGCUUGGAUGGCGGUGAGGCUGGUGAACGGCACAGGCAGGUGCUCAGGCCGGGUGGAAGUUCUCAUCCAGGGCACAUGGGGAACCGUGUGUGAUGACCUCUGGGACCUGGCCGAGGCCACAGUGGUAUGCCGCCAGCUGCAGUGUGGCCGGGCUGUGGCGGCCCCCACAGGGGCCCACUUUGGGGCAGGCUCCGGGAAGAUCCUGCUGGACGACGUGCAGUGUGCGGGUGCUGAGAGCCACCUGGGGCAGUGCAUGCACAGGGGUGAGGCCGGGCUCAACUGCGGGCACCUGGAGGACGCUGGUGUUGUCUGCACAGGUGGUGAUGGUUCACCAGGCCCCACUCCAAACACGGAGCCUAAAAGUGCCACCUCUUCAUACACACUGUCAGGUGAUGCACGGACAGCAGCCAUGCCCACCACAGAGCCUGCUACACUUCCUGUGACAAUGACUCCAGCAGGUGAUGGAUUUUUUGCAACGAUAGACACGGCAGAGCCUGCAGCCCCACUAUCCACACCUACAACCCUGGCAGGACACUGGAUGGCUGUGAGACUGGUGAACGGCACAGGCAAGUGCUCAGGCCGAGUGGAGGUUCUCAUCCAGGGCACAUGGGGAACCGUAUGUGAUGACCUCUGGGACCUGGCUGAGGCCACAGUGGUGUGUCGCCAGCUGCAGUGUGGCCAGGCUGUGGCAGCCCCCAGAGGGGCCCACUUUGGGGCAGGCUCCGGGAAGAUCCUGCUGGACGACGUGCAGUGUGCCGGCGCUGAGAGCCAUCUGGGGCUGUGCGUGCACAGGGGUGAGGCUGGGCUCAACUGCGGGCACCUGGAGGAUGCCAGCGUUAUCUGCGCAGGUGCUGACUCCACAGCUGCUCUGCCUACAGCCUAUGAGAACCUGCUUCCCACAUCAUUGGUGAUAUCAGCAGGUCAACACCCACCUUCUUCUGCACCUCCAGGAGGCGGGGCCCCCGUGCGGCUGGUAGGUGGCCAUGGGAGGUGCGCAGGCCGUGUAGAACUCUUCCACCAGGGAGUCUGGGGGACUGUGUGUGAUGACCUCUGGGACCUGCCAGAAGCAAACAUCAUCUGCAGGCAGCUGGGGUGUGGCUGGGCUGUGUCAGCCCCCGGUGAGGCCCACUUUGGGGAAGGUUCUGGGAAGAUCCUCCUUGACAACGUGCACUGCAGGGGAGACGAGCUGCGCCUGGAGGAGUGCUCCCACAUCGGCUGGUUUUCCCACAACUGUGGGCACGGAGAAGAUGCUGGCGUGAUCUGCUCAGAUGCUGAAUACUCAACCGUGUCACCCCUGGAUCGCCCACUGGCUGUCAUAGCAGGACCAAUGACCACAGAAAAAUCUAGGUGUGGCAGAGUAAUUACCAACUCAUCUGGAGCGAUUAGGAAUCCCCCGCAGAACGAAAUGCAUGACAACAUAACCUGUGUGUGGGAAAUAAAGGCCAAUGCUUCUGAUCACAUUCUGCUGGCAUUUCCGUAUCUUAACCUAGAUUGCACCAAUGAAUAUUUUGAAAUCCUGGACGGCCCUCCAUCCUCGACAAAGUCCCUGGGGAAAACCUGCUCUGGAUCCUACCUCACCUACGCGUCCUCCUCCAGCUCAAUGACCCUCGUGUACUUCCGAAGCUUCAACAACAUAGGGAAAAACUUCGUUGCUUAUUAUUACUCUGCACCCAAAGAGGCAAGUUCAAGGACCCCACAUCUAAUCACAAUCCCAACAGCAACACCCAAGACAGUGACAGCAAGACCAGGUGACUGGCCAGAGCUGAGGCUGGUGGGCGGCUCGGGACGUUGCUCAGGACGCGUGGAGGUCCUCCACCAGGGGGCCUGGGGCACCGUGUGUGAUGACCUCUGGGACCUGAACGAAGCCGAGGUCGUGUGCCGACAGCUGGGGUGUGGACGGGCCAUGUCCGCCCUGGGGAAGGCCCACUUUGGCCCGGGCUCUGGAAACAUCUUCCUGGACAACCUGCAGUGUUCCGGGGUAGAGCGCUACCUGGGCCAGUGUGCCCACUCGGGCUGGUUGGAACACAACUGUGGCCACCACGAGGACGCCGGCGUCAUCUGCUCAGGGGACUGGCCAGAGCUGAGGCUGGUGGGCGGCUUGGGACGCUGCUCAGGACGCGUGGAGGUCCUCCACCUGGGGGCCUGGGGCACCGUGUGUGAUGACCUCUGGGACCUGAACGAAGCCGAGGUCGUGUGCCGACAGCUGGGGUGCGGACAGGCCGUGUCCGCCCUGGGGAAGGCCCACUUUGGCCCAGGCUCUGGAAACAUCUUCCUGGACAACCUGCAGUGUUCCGGGCUAGAGCGCUACCUGGGCCAGUGUGCCCACUCGGGCUGGUCGGAACACAACUGUGGCCACCACGAGGACGCCGGCGUCAUCUGCUCAGGAGGAAGUGGCUCCUGUGGAGGGGUCUUGUCGAGUCUGUCUGGCUCCUUCUCCAGUCCGCUGUACCCGGAGAGCUACCCGACAGACAUCCAGUGCGUCUGGGAGAUUCACGUGGACAAAAAAUUCCGCAUAGAACUCAUGAUUCCGAGUCUGAACCUGGAGGAUAUCCUUGGAUGCCCCUACGAUUCCAUUGAAAUCUUCGAUGGCCCUAGGAUUGCCUCGCUGUCCAUGGGGAAGUUCUGUGCCUCGGUGGCUGUGAUAUUUUUCUCCUCCUCAGACAUCAUGACCGUGGUGUUCCGAAGUGAUUCUAUGAUCACCAACACUGGCUUUUAUGCUCUGUUCAAUGUAAUUCCACAGGAUGAAGGAAAAUCAGAAGAUGAACCCGAGCUGCGGCUGGUGGGCGGAUCCGGACAGUGCUCCGGACGCGUGGAGGUCCUCCACCAGGGGAACUGGGGCACCGUAUGUGAUGACCUCUGGGACCUGAACGAAGCCCAGGUGGUGUGCCGACAGCUGGGGUGCGGACGGGCCAUUGCAGCCCCUGGCCAGGCUCACUUCGGCCCAGGCUCCGGAAACAUCCUCCUGGAUAACAUCCAGUGUUCGGGAAGCGAGAACCACCUUGGCCAGUGCCCCAGCUCCGGCUGGUCAGACCACAACUGUGGCCACCAUGAGGACGCAGGUGUCAUCUGCUCAGCUCCCGUCCCGCAAGGGCCUCCACCGCCAGGAGGAAGUAACUCUUGUGGAGGAUUAAUUUCAGGCCUCUUGGGUUCCUUCUCCAGUCCUUGGUAUCCAACGAACUACCCCACUGACGUGGAGUGCAUCUGGGUGAUACAUGUGGCUGAGAAGUUCCACAUAGAACUGGUGAUUCCAAGCCUGAAAUUAGAGGACAUCUAUGGGUGCCCUUAUGACUUUGUGGAAGUGUUCGAUGGACGGCAAGUUGCCUCACUCUCCAUGGGCAGGUUUUGUGCUGGGACAGAGCUUUCGUUCCUCUCCUCUUCAAACGUCAUGACUGUGGCGUUCCGGAGUGACGCCAUGAUCACCAACACAGGGUUUUAUGCUCUGUACAACGCCAUUCAGCAGGAUGAAAGGGAGAAUGGUGUAUCCCUGAGACUGGUGAACGGCAGCCACAGGUGUGAGGGCCGGGUGGAGAUCUUCUACAAUGGCACCUGGGGCACUCUGUGCGAUGACAGCUGGGACCUGACAGACGUCAGGGUGGUGUGCCAGCAGCUUGGCUGUGGCGAGGCCUUAUCAGCCCCAGCUCAGAGCUACUUUGAUGGAGGCACUGGCCACAUCAUGCUAGACGACGUUCAGUGCACAGGGAACGAAGCCAAGGUGUGGCAGUGCACACACAAUGGGUGGUUCUCCCACAACUGUGGGCACCACGAGGAUGCCAGUGCCAUCUGCUCAGAUGAAAACUUCCACUGUGGCGGUUUGCUCACAAAUAAUUCGGGCUCCUUCUCCAGCCCUUGGUAUCCUAAGAAAUACCCUAUAAAUGUGGUGUGUGCCUGGGACAUCCACGUGGACGCCAGGGUUCAUAUCAAGCUCACAUUUGAAGUGGUGAAAUUGGAGAACUUCUACGGCUGUCCGUACGACUUCGUUGAAGUCUUUGACGGCCCGCAGAGUGAAUCUUUUUCUCUGGGGAGGUUCUGUUCUGGUACAACCCCGACAUUCACCUCCUCCUCAAAUCGCUUGACGGUGGUCUUCCACAGCGACGCAAUCGUCACCAACAUGGGCUUUCAUGCAUCCUAUGAGUCCAUUGUGCAAGACGAGAUCAAUACUGAUCUGGCCCUCAGGCUGGCCGGCGGCAGCCACCGGUGCGAGGGCCGCGUGGAGCUGCACUACAAUGGCACUUGGGGGACAGUGUGUGAUGACAGCUGGGACCUGCGUGACGCCCAGGUGGUGUGUGGGCAGCUGUCCUGUGGCAGGGCGGUGUCGGCCCCCAGCAGGGCACAUUUCCGCCAAGGCCUGGGCCCCAUUGCCCUGGACGACGUGGAGUGUAGAGGGACAGAAGCCAGGCUGUGGCAGUGCCUGCACCAUGGCUGGUUCUCCCACAACUGUGGCCACCACGAAGAUGCCGGCGUUGUCUGCUCAGGUGUGGAGAUCCUCUACGAUGGCCCCUGGGGGGCGGUGUGUGACCACCUCUGGGGCCUGUCUGCGGUGCAGGUGGUGAGCCGGCAGUUGGGCUGCAACCAGGCCCUGGUGGGCCAGAGGGGCAGUCUGUUUGGUGGCAGCCUGGGUCCCAUCUUCCUAGACACUGUACAAUUUACAAUUUCAAUUGGUGAAGACAUGGCCCCUUUACCUGACCUGCCCCUGCGCUUGGCGGAUGGGCACAGCCGCUGCGAGGGCCGGGUGGAGGUCCGCCACGAGGGCGUGUGGGGCACGGUGUGCGACGACCACUGGGACAUCAGAGACGCUCGUGUCGUGUGCCGGCUGCUGGGUUGCGGCCAAGCUCUUGCAGCCCCGGGGCGCUGCCGCUUCGGCCCGGGCUCGGGGCCCAUCCUGCUUGACGACAUGCGCUGCUCGGGCACCGAAGACGCGCUGGACCACUGCGGCCACUCCGGCUGGGCGCGGCACAACUGCCGGCACCAGGAGGACGCGGGCGUGAUCUGCGCAGGUCCAGCUGCCUCUGCUGUACCCAAGGACAAGGCCCAGCUCUCCUGCCUGCCUCACCUCUUCCGAGUCAGCAUUGACCGAGGCUAUCUCCGGAGGCUGGGCUACUCCUCUUGGGACAUCCACUUAAAUGAUGAGCUGUGCCGCCCCCAAGUCACCGGGCGCUACCUGAUCUUCAACAUCCCCUACGGUCACUGUGGCACCAUCAGACAGGAAGGGCUCGGCUCCCUCAGCUACUCCAACUCCGUCAGAGGCCGAAUCCAGGGCCACCCCGGCCGAGUCUUCGUGAGGCAUAGGGUACCUCAGCUCAAGUUCACCUGCAGGGUGGACGGCCCGUCUGCAGCUGAAGUCACUCCUGGGGCUGAGGUCCCCAGGGAGGACGCUGGCUAUGACGUGUCCAUAUCCUUCCUUGAGUUGCCCACGUCCCAGCAUGUGAGGAACCCGGGGCCACACUACGCAAGCCCGAAGAAGAAAGCGGUCUUCCUUCAGGCCACCCUCCACAGCCCCAACCCCACCCUGAGGCUCUUCGUGGAUACCUGCGUGGCUUCUCCAGAUCCCCAUGAUUUUACCACCGUCAAGUACGAUUUGAUCCGGCGAGGGUGCAUCAAAGACAAUACCUAUAUCAACCUGCACUCCCAACAGAAGAACACUGCCCAGUUCAAGUUCAAUGCCUUCAACUUUCUGAGCAACUAUGACGUGGUCUACCUGCAGUGUGAGGUCGCUGUGUGCAAAGUGGGGGACCCCUCCUCCCGCUGCUCCCAGGGCUGUGUAGAACGGAGUAAGAGGGAUGCAGGCCGUGUGGUGACCCCAGAAGAACAGACUGAGCAUUUCCAAGUGGUGGGGCCACUGGAAAUCCACAGAGGGACUGGUCGGAGUAAGACCCUUGUGUGAUUUCUUCACUUUUCACACAAAUCUGUUAUUAGAAAGAAAAGCCUAUUUCCCUGAAUAAAGUGAUAAGUUUGACAAACCAGAAGCUGCCCAUGGAGCCACAGGUAAAAGAAACAGCUAAGGAGGUUCUCUCUGAGUUUCGACCCUACAUAAACCUUCCCUGAUUGUUAAACUUGUAAGGCAGUCACUCUGUUUGCUGGCUAGAGAUGCUGCAUCUUCUAAUUCUUCACUAUCAAGAACUACACAUGUUCUAAAGAACAGAGUUCUCUCUAUAGACCAAAUUGUCAAUUUAAAGAUUUUGUUAAAUUGACUCCUUAACGUUCAGAUGCUAGUAGAUGGAUCUUUUUUUUUUUCUGUCCCUCGGGUGGUGUGAGAAUUUCUUUUCAGAUCUUGCUAAGAGUCUAAUGAAAAAUAAACAAGUGUU